CAGAGUCAAAAGGCCAUCUGCGAGCAGACGUACUGUACUGUUACACGCUUUGAAAAUAAUGCUUGCUAGCCUUACCUCUGCCAACCUAAUCCACCCGAGGUGCCUCGGUUUCCGCUGAAGAAAUUUGCACGACAAAGCAACGUGUUUUCCACCUGGCUCUCGGAUAGAUUCUUUCCCUCUGUCUGUACAGUUACAUGUGAUAGUCCUGGAAUUCCAUUCUCAGCUACAACCGGAUUCAAGCGACGGUGGCCAAGGAUGACGCCCAACCCUACCCCGUCGACGCUUCAGGUAGGUUUAUGUCCACAGCGGCCCCAUAAACCGUUGAGUUGGUUUAGCCGGUGCCAGAAUGAGCUUCAACUGGAAUCCCAGUCAUGAAAUAAUAUCCACUUCUCCACAGCAGAACCAGGUACAACUAGGAACGAUGGAUCGAUGGGACGUGGUAUUGGAGGGGGGAAUCUGAUCCUUGAUCGCCUCUCGCCUCUCGCCUCGAAUGGAACAGCUGAAGAAUACUCCGUAGUCACUACUACACUACAUACAUGCUUGCUCGCCCACGACGAUUGACAGAUGACAGACGUGGGAGAGGAACUUGUUGGUCCAUCGUGGAUUUGACCUACACAUACCUACUGUACACUACCUUUUCGAUUCUACUGUACUGUACAAACCACCGCCUCCGCCGCCUCUUCUUCUUCUUCUCCUGACCAUAUUUUCAACCUUUGCAACCAUGGCUGCCGGACAGUCAGCAACGGAACAACUGUUGGCUGCGCUGCCCAAAUGCGCGGCCGCCUGUGCCCAGUCUAUACUCCCGUCCUCGACAUGUUCGUUGACCGACGUCGCAUGUCUUUGUGCCGAUGCGCCUAUCCUUGGUCAAAUUGAACAGUGCAGCACAGCCAACUGUACAGUUAUCGAGGCUCUGAGUGCCUUUAAUGCGACCCAGACAGCAUGCGGUGUCACACCGACCGACCUAUCACAGACCUACAUCAUUGUCACGUCGAUAUUCCUUGCUUUGGCAGUUUUGUUCUAUCUGAUUCGGCUCUACGUUCGGCCGCCAUUGACUCCGGGAUUCCGUAUCGACGACGGCAUCAUGCUGGUUGCGACUCUUACGGUUGUCGUAUUCACGGCGCUCAAUUUGCAGGCUGCGAACAAAGGUCUUGGAAAGGACAUAUGGAACGUUGAACCCGACAACAUCGACAUUGUCUUGAAGGACUUUUUCAUUGGCGAGUUCUUGUACAUCUUCAUCAGUGUCGUCACCAAGUUGGCCGUCUUGGCCUUCUACCUCAAGGUCUUUUCGCAGCCGUAUUUCCAAAAGGCCGCAUACCUCGUCAUGGGUCUAUGUUUCUCCUACUUCGUCUCGUACAUGUUUGUGCUCGGCUUCGAGUGCACACCGGUGUCGUUCUUCUGGGAACAGUGGCGGGACCCCUCCGCUGGAACAUGCAUCAACAUCAACGCCGGAGGUUGGGCGGCUGCGGCGAUCAACAUCGCUCUCGACGUGGCCAUCCUCGCCCUGCCGGUGCCGGUCAUCCUCAGACUUCAAAUCUCUCGGCAACAAAAACUUCAAGUGUUGAGCAUGUUUGGAGUUGGAUCAUUGAUCACUGUCGUCAGCAUCAUAAGACUUCAAUCACUCAUCAAAUUUGCAAAAGAUUCCAACGUAACAUACCAUCUUUAUUCCAUCUCCAUUUGGAGUUCUCUCGAAUUGUACAUCAGUAUCGUUUGCGCAUGCAUGCCCGCUGCCCGUUUGUUCCUCCAGAGAUGCUGGCCGUCGCGAUUCGGCACGACAAAGGACCACGCAGGCUCUUACCUCCGUCAGUCAAGUACUUCUCACGGCGGUGGCGGUCCACGGCAAGGUCCUCCUCAACCACCACCUCCGCAAUAUCAGCCGCAACAACCGCUCAGUGCGAACCCUAACGAUCGCAUCUAUAUGUCCAAAUCUGCAUCCUAUGAUGUUAAUGUAUCACAAGUACCGGGAAGGAGGGACGACGUGGAACUCAGCGAGUCGGACGGGUGGUUGGCGACCUCAAAAGGAGGUAGAGGAUACAUGUCGUCUUCGAACAAUCAUGAAAGGUACUAGGGCAAGUGGCAUUCAAGUACGCUGUCUACCUCUACCUCUACCAAUCUUUCUCCCUGCGGACAAAAAGCUAUCUCUUUCAGCAGUGACGUGUACAAAUGUAAUAUUUCUCUUGUACAUACAAUGUACAACCACUCACAACCUGUGUCCAAAAAAUAUGCUCCUAUUUAUCUGAGGUUUUCCAAAAUCAUCGGCCUGCCGCAACGGCCGGAUUGAGUCAUGUUUGUUCCUUACUCACAACCUCCAAGAUCGACUGGGAGUCGUUCGACAGACACCACUGGAUCGAAUCAACAAUCACCUUGUCCCAUUUGUUUGUGGACCAUAGAUUUUGAAAUCUCCUGAAUCCAUGAGGCAAACCGGGGAACACAUAAGUCUUUGUUAGUACUCUGAGUGCGUCAAAGAUUUAUCAGCAUCAUCAUCACAAUACGUUCCAUUGACUAAAGCGAGGGGCGUUUGACGAGACUUACUCGUUCUUCUUUAAUUUUUCUGCAUAAUAAAGUCCCUCGUCUCUCAACAGAUCCUGCCCGGCAACAAGACAACUCGUCUUUGGUAAACCUUGGAUGACGGUGUCGUCGGUCAAUGCGACGUUGAAGCUUGGGUCCGACACGGCUUCGGGUCCGAGAAGGUCGGCAAAAACUUUCAAGAUGGACCAUGGCAACACGGGAGCGUUUUGGUUUUGGUUGAAACUACUGAGGGCCUCUCUCGCCAAAGGGUUUGCUGAAGGGUGCAACAACCAAGGACUGGCCAGUACUUGACCCAGGAUCGUCACCGCUGGUGCCGCCGCUUGGCCUGACUGCAGGAGUCGUUGUCGAUGAUGAUGUACGGCAAUCGACGCCGCAAGACCUCCACCGGCAGACACACCGCCGACCACCACCUUCGAAGGGUCACCACCGAAGUCGGUCGCGUGAGUCGACAACCAUACCAAAGAAUCCCACGCGUCGUUGAAUUGAGUGGGCCAGGGGAACUCUGGAGUGUGUCGAUAGUUGACAUUGACGACGACCAGGGGGAAAGAAGAAUCGCCCACCAAACGUGAGCAAGUACCAUCUUCCGAGUCGACAUUCCCCAGGAGGUGUCCACCACCGUGGAAGUACAAGUAUAUCGGUAGACCUGUACCUGAAGUUGCACUCGAACUGGCAUUUGUUGCGAGCACUUUCGGUUUAUACACUCUGGCGGUUAUAUUUUGAGAAUCCCUGGUGAGAAUCGAGUAGUCUUGCCAUGCCACUUUUUCUUUCAGACCUAAAGAGCAGCGUAUCAAUCAGCAUGACUUGGCUCGCUCGAAUCAUAAGGAGUGGACACUGGACUGAAACUAGAGAUCCCACCUACCUAACGCCUUGACUUGUUCUUGUGCCGCCACCGUUCG